AGUCACUGACAAUGGAAAACAAAGGAGGCGAAAAAUUGCCUGGAACGCGUGUCGAAUUAUACCUAACUACGCAGUACAAUUUGAAGCUGCGAACCAGUUUACAUAACCAGGUUUUAAGAGGAAAGCUCUCCAAAGCCACAGGUUCUGGAGGACAUCGACUCCAAGUACCCGUUUGCGCAUGCCAUCUAGUUGAACUAAGACUUACAGGUUGCUGAUAGCUGCGUGGUUGUAAGUUAUUCUCUUUCUUACAAAAAGCCAAAUUAUGGCCGAGGAAGCCGCGAACAAUGUGGAAAUGUGGACAAUUUUGGACGUGAAUGCUACUCCUGCAAAAAAUGGAUCAGUGAACCACAUCGACAACGUUGACGCGAAGGACGCCUCGAAGAGAAUGGAAGAAACUGGUAGCCCAACGCUUAUAAAGCAUGAAGAAACCCAAGAAAGCCUCGAUACAAUCUCUGCAAUGCCAGGAUUGUCUACUAGUGGAAAUAGUUUGGUUUUUAACACGAAAUACGAAGGUCCAGGGACAGAUGUGAUCGCAAACGUAACAAGUGUUGGAGACCUCAGAGAAAAGGUCGAACUAUCUUGGAAAAAUAUCAAUGUUUUUGUUCCCCAACCCAGAGCUUCUAUCUGCCGGCGGCUAUGUUGUGGAGAGAAAGAAGAUGAGCCCAGGAUCAAACAGAUCUUAUUUGAAGUAUAUUGAAUGAUAAGACUGUUCACUGAAUACAAACUGUUUUUCCUCCCCCUCUAAAGUGGAGCUGGUAAAUCCACCUUAAUGAAUGUGUUAGCACAUCGCAACAUUGGUCAAGUGCAGGUGAUGGGAACAGUGGAAGUGAAUGGGCACCCUGUUGGUCUCGAAAUUAAUGCCUUGUCAGCGUAUAUCCAACAGGAAGACUUAUUUAUUGGAUCACUGACAGUUAGAGAACAUCUGAUAUUCCAGGCUCUUCUUCGUAUGGAUAAACACACAUCCAAGGCAAAACGAAAGGAGCGUGUAGAGGAAGUCAUGCUUGAGCUUGGUUUGAAAAAGUGUGCAGACACAGUCAUUGGUAUUCCAGGAAGACUGCGCGGAAUUUCUGGUGGAGAGAAGAAACGCUUAGCAUUUGCAUCAGAGGUUUUGACAAACCCUCCACUACUUUUUGCUGACGAACCAACAUCUGGCCUGGAUGCAUUCAUGGCGCAGAGUUUAAUAACAUCACUUCAACGUCUUGCAGCCAGUGGUCGGACUAUCAUGUGCACAAUUCAUCAGCCAUCUUCUGAAGUGUAUGCCAUGUUUGACAGCAUUUUGCUGAUGGCUGAAGGUAGAGUAGCUUACAUGGGUUCCACAGCUGAUGCAAUACCUUACUUCAGUGGCCUUGGGUAUCCCUGUCCCAUGAACUUCAACCCUGCAGAUUACUUUGUCCACACUUUGGCUAUUGUGCCAGGAGAUGAAGAGCACUGUAAGGAAAGAGUUAAGGAAAUCUGUGAUGCAUACAGUGAACGUGCAGCAGAAAUUGCCAAAGAAGAAAGUGGGCUUGACAGACAGGAUUCCUUCAAAGGAGAUGUUCUUUUCAAGAAGCAAUCACCAUACAAAGUUUCCUGGUGUCGACAACUUUGGGCCGUCUUGUGGCGCUCUUGGAUUACCAACAGUAGAGACAUUAUCAUUUUCAGAAUUAGAAUAUUUCAAUCAAUUGUUACUGCGCUGAUCGCUGGAUUAAUCUAUCUUCAAAUACCUUAUGAUCAAGAUGGUAUUCAGAACAUUGCUGGCGUAUAUUUCUUUCUAGUUACAUCUACUUCGUUUUCCAAUCUUCAGGGAGUCCUCUUUGUGUUUCCAGUUGAACUACCUGUUUUUAUACGAGAACACAAAAAUGGAAUGUACAGAACAGACGUCUACUAUCUCGCGAAGACUUUGUCCGAGGUGCCCAUUUUUAUCAUUACUCCUUUGCUUCUGACCGGUAUUUCGUAUUGGAUGAUCGGUUUGAGGGAUAGAUUUUUAAAUUUCGUAAUCUGUUACGCAAUUAUGGUUUUGGUAACAAAUGUGGCGGUCUCCUUUGGGUACAUCAUAUCGACAAUAGCACCAACCAUUACUGCAGCAACAUCUUUGGGUCCUCCACUUAUGUUACCUUUAUUGAUUUUCGGAGGAUUCUUUCUCAAGUCGACAUCGGUGCCGGUUUAUUUUGUGUGGCUGAAGUACAUUUCUUGGUUUAUGUAUGGCUUUGAAGCUCUCAUAAUCAACCAGUGGAAAGACUAUGGUUCUAUCAGUUGUGGUACAAAUGCUACAGCUACACCGCCAGUUGUUAACGGUACCGGUGCAGUUCCGGGAGAAAAAGGGUUUUGUAUAAAGAACGGAAACCAAGCCAUUGACUUCCUGGGCUUUAAAGAGGACAAUUUGCUGUUCGACGUGUACUGUCUCAUAGCUUUAAUGGUUGGCUUCCGUGUACUUUCCUUCUUGUUUUUGCUGAGAAGAUCUUACAAACAACAGUGAUCUCUACUCCUUUCUUUAAAACACUAUAGUAUGCACUCUAUCGUUAUUUUGUUUAUUCUCUGCUCCUUGGUGGCUCUUGUACUUGUACUUAGGCGGGUGUUACGGUGGAAACAUGAGGAAGGCCAAAAUGGAAGGUGCUCAGCGUACGAUUGAAGGAGAGAUGAUUCAUCUUUUCUUUCGAAGCGCACCUUAGACUGGUAUCCUCCUCUUCUUGAAUAAAGAGAGUUUAUUCAUGUAGAAGUUUUAGGUAAAGAAACUAAGCCGUAGUAAAAAUAGGCUGUGGCCGAAAAUUUUUUCAACAUUUUCGCCCAUUACUCGUUUAUUUUUGACUUCUUUGUUUUUUUUUUUCCUGCUUGUUAUCAUUUACCUUCUCAAAAAUUACCAGAUGAAGUUUCUCUAUGACUGUGUGUUGCAGCUUGUUAAUUAUUGAUCAGCAUUCAUUGACUGACAUGUGACUGUACCUGUUACACCUCGUUGUUCAUGACCUGAUGUAUUACAGGAGAGCACAUGCGAAUUAAGUAUAUUCUAUAUUUGUAGUUUAUAACAUUAUAUCAAGUUUACUUUGAUAUACAAUAUAUCUGAUGAAGCAGUACACUGUUUUUUUUCUUUAAUUCAUAAUUUUUAACGAUAAUUCAUGGUAUUAUGUAGAAUGUGGAAAAAAAAAUCCUGCAGUAACUCAAGGUAAAGCUCUCGCUAAGAAAAGCAUCGAUAAAAAUGAAAAAUGUUUCCUACACGAUUUAUUAGCGGUUAUCAGUUUUGCGUUAGCGGAGUUGUAUUGAGUUAAUCAGCUACGUUUUAAAAUUUUCUAACCUGUCGCAAGGACAUUGUUGCGAUUCUAUAUUUGUAGUUGAAAACAUCAAGUUUACUUUGAUAUACAAUGUAACUGAUGAAACAGUACAUUGCGGUUCUUUAUAGUUAACAAUUUUUUAUCGAUAAUUCAUAAUGAUAUGUAGAAUAUAGAAAAAAAAAGCCCUGUAUUUCGUGGUAACUUAAGGUAAAGCUUUUGCUAAGAAAAACCUCGGUAAAAAUGAAAAAUGUUUCCUACACGAUGCAAGUUGUAUGAGACAUCACUAAAUGUUUUGUGUUACGAAAAGUACAUUAGUAGCCUAGUGUAGAUUACAUCGAAAUGAACUUGUCUCUGAAUGGUCGUUUCUUAUUUUGUUCAGAUUACCUUUUUUUUAAUGUUCAUUUUCUUUUGGCGCGAACUUCGUCGAGCCGUGUACCGAGCAUGCGUGUAACAAGGUCUCAUGAGGGGGUAUAAUAAAAAAACUGUUCUUACGA